CAUAUAUUUAUAUAUAGAUGUACGUACAUUAUUUCAAAAUGUUAUGUCCUGCUAAUAAGAAAACAUGCGAAGCUUUAAAAGCGUUCCUUAAUCCUGUUCAGUAUUCACUCUAAUUCACGUUUCAAGGAUAACAUGAUCUAGAGUUCCCAACUUCCUUUCGCACAAACUGCUUUAAUCUCGUCGAAUACACAUGUAUUUAUUUAUGUGUGUAUGUGUAUUCGUAGGAUGUAAAUUCAUUUUCAUCGGAAUCGCAGCAUGAAAUCCGCUGCCAACGCUUAGCUCGACGUAGCGUGACAGGUGUGCAUCGCAUCUUCGUGUCUUUUCGAGAUUCUUUCGCAUUGCCAACAGCAAAACACGAUAGGAAACGGAUAUCUAUUAUUCUAUUACCAAGAAAAUACUCCCAGAUGGUUACUCGGUAGUAAAUCUCUUAUUGUUGUCGUCGUUGCUGUUGUUGAUGUUGUUUCUUAUAAAAUAAGUCGCUUGGCGGAUUUGAAUCGAAUCUGUCGAAAUCGAAUUUUUUUUGGAUUGAUCACUUCAUAUCAAUGAUAGAUAAUAAGAUGAAAUUUAAGAGAACGUGAGAGAACGAUAUCGUUCUUACUUUAACGGAACAUCGAAUGAAAUCGGACAUUAGCAUAAAAAGGAGAAAAGGAAGAAGAAGACGAGGAAGACGAGGAAGAGGUGAAAGACACGUUCAUUCCAUGCGUGUGCGAACUAUUUCCCUGUCGUCCCAUGGAACAACGCGCAUGCCAUGCCAGUCUGGAUCGCGCGUAUUUAAGGGCUGUUGCUUCGGGGUGCUCGCCACUAUCACUGCAAUCAUCGACUCCACGAGUUGCUCGAUACAAGAAUACGAGAGACGAAUCAUCUCGCGAAUAUAACGACUCUCGAAAUUUACAAACGCCGGAAAUCAUGAACUCGAUGAUUAAGAUCGUCGUCUCCGUCGCCGCCCUGUCGAUUUUAUUCGGAGAAAUUUUCGCAAUGCCACUGGCCCAAUGUAGUCCUGGCCUCCUCGACGAAGUACCACCUAAAGUACGAAAAAUCUGUGCAGCUUUAUCCACCAUAUAUCAAAUUCAAUCUGCAAUGGAAAGUUACGUCGGCGACAAGGUUCUUGAAGAGAACAACCCGUUACCAGGAAGCGGAGUUAAGAGACAAGACGUCGAUCACGUCUUUUUACGUUUCGGUAGACGACGCUAACCUCCAUCGAUGAAUCAAUCUCCAAAACGAUAAAAUAUAAAUCUUCUGUCCUCAUCUAUGAAUCUCUAUCGUUGUCGAAUUAUGAAAUAAUAAAAAUAAAAUUAAACCUUACGGUCUUUA